GACUCCUCGGUGCACAGAGCGGCUGGCAACGAUGUGACAAUAAAACAAGCUUCCAAUUAUCUGAUCUCGGUAAUCUCAGCCGAGUUCCAGCGUUGACCGAGUGCUUCCCGUGGAACGUCAAGCGAGUUACGUAAAGUUUGGACUAACAGCCCAAGGUGACACAGGUGAGCCAAAUCAAGGAGGAGGAAAAAAGAACGAGAAAAGCGGAGAAUCUGGUGCUGCUAGCGGAGGAAAGAGGAAAUACGUGGAACUGCAGUGCCAAAGUCCGGGACAUAACCGAAGCCAAACGCAACUACUACAUGCGCCCAACGUGUCAAAAGGAGAGAAGAAUCGACUGAACCCGUUGGCAGAUCUUAACAAGCGCUUCCAAAUUAGUCGGGCGGUAAGAUGGGCAACAAACUGUCGUGCAGUUGCGCGCCUCUGAUUAAGAAGGGCUACAGAUACGAGGACUCGCCGUGGCAGGCGAACGCCCGGGGCCGCGCCAACGGCUCCGGGGCCGGCGGCGAGCGCAGGGGCGAAACGGGUCACUUGCUCAGGUGCGGAAGCUUAAGAGAGAGGAAGAGGUUAUGGGCGGAGGUGUUCCAUGUGACGAGCGGCUCCGGGAGCGUGAAAUGGCAGCAGGUCUCGGAGGACCUCGUGCCGGUGAGCAUCACCUGCAUCCAGGACUCGCCGGAGACUAUCUUCCAUAUAACGGCGUAUAACUGUCAAGUCGACAAGAUUCUCGAUGUGCGGCUGGUCCAACCUGGGACACGAAUAGGUCAAGCGUCCGAAUGUUUUGUCUACUGGAAAGACACAAUGACAUCCGAUACUUGGGGGUUAAAUUUCACUUGUCCCAUCGAUGCCAAGCAAUUCAAGGAAUGUGUGUCGCCAUCGUUCAAGAUCUCACGUAAGGCCUCUUCAUCGUAUUCCUUAAGGCUCGAACCCCUGAACAAGCAGACCAAGGUCAAAACACGCCAAAAGCCGCUUUCGACGCCCGCAUCGCCGAGCAGGUCGCGCGAGCUCCAAUGCACCUGCAUGACACCCGAACAAUUUAAUCGACUACGCCAGGAUCCGAGAUGCAGGCCCACAUGUGCUAAUUCAUCGACGUUGCCGAGGAUCGCGACGCGCUCCGCAGAUCCGGAAAUGAGCGGCCGGGAAAAGAUGACGGCUACUUCGAGCGCCUCACUAUAUGACAACGUGAAUAGUGGAGGCGGUACUGGGACGGUAACUAAGGGCCUCAAAAGUACCGAUUCCAUCAAGCUCAAGGACAAGCAGCAGCAGAGUGAGACCUGUCAGACAACACCCAAAACCGUGAAUGUUGCCAUCGGGACGAGUACAGUCGGGUCGCAGAUAGACGCAGUGGAGGACAAGGGAAUCGGACCCUCGCCCAAGAAGCCGAGCAAACAGGAUGCGAGCAGCGGCCAACCAAGCGAUUGUCUCAAGUCCGAAGGUACGCAAGCGGGCGGCAGCCUCAAGUGCCACCGUCGCGAUCAGUUGCAGCACACCAAAUCAGCGGAUUACAGUGAGCUUGAGGCACAAACUCGCGGCUUCAGCCAGGGUGGCCGUCGUAGUAAGAGCAAGAGCACCGACGACAUGCGCGCCGGUGGAGGACAAGAGCAGCAGGGUUUGAGGCGUUCCCUGAAGCCAGUUUCAAGCAUCGACAGUCCCCUAACCUCGCCGGAGAUGACGCGCAAACGGCACAGCCAUCAUAGCUAUUACUGCCAACCGGGGCCUGGACCGGGGUCCAAGUACUCUGGGCUUGAGCCCGACGGCUACGCCCACACCUAUAGGCAACCUUAUCCUGGCAAGUUUCAGAGCUCGAGGAGCGUUCACGAGAUGGAUCGACAGUAUUCCGCUCACAUGCAACCAAAACCAUCAGGGAAAAAGAGGGAGGCGCGGAAGCAGCUGGCGGAGAAGUCCGCUGCUGCUGCCCGAGCUCGCACCACUUCCGACUCGCUGCACGUAGCAAACUGUCUGUCCUUUGUAGGCGGCCGAGGCCGGAUGUACUUAGAUUUGGAACGUAAUCGAUGCACAGGUGACCUUUCGCCCCCUUCGGACAACGUCAUUUUCGACAACCAAUGCUAUGCGACGACUCCGAGCUCUUCCAAUGGCAAUUCGGAUAUGGAGCAACCACAGUCCCAUUGUCAGGCACGCCGCUGCAACGGCUCAGCGGCAUAUCAGCAUCAACAUCCUCAUCAUCAUCAUCAGCAGCAGCAGCAGCAGCAACAGCAGCAGCCGGGAAUGCACUCGGUCUCGACACCCGGCAGUCCAACCAGCAGACUACUGCUUGAGUACGAGAUGCAUCUGCGUAAUACUCUGGCCAAGGGUAUGGAUGCCGAAAGCUACAGCCUUCACACCUUCGAAGCGCUACUCAGCCAGAGUAUGGAGAAUCUGGGUUCAAGCUCCAGCAAGUCAUCGACUUUACCUCUAUCCUAUCGUUAUUACAAUGAAAGACAAAAUAGUAAAGAUAGGGAUGGUUAUUAUAGCGAUAGAAACGAGAUUAUGCGUGAAAAACGAGAACGAGAGAUCGAUCGAGACCGAGGUUAUCUAAGCGAUUAUAAUUCAAGAUGUGCAAGCUGCAUUGGCGAGUCGGCGCGGGCACAGUGGUUCCGGCACUCGGAUGGUUGGCAGUCAGGAAGCUCGACUCUCGGCUCCGCGGCCUCGAGUUCGGCUCCAGGCUACACCGGGAUGCACAAGCGCGACUCACCCUGGGACUCGCUGCCAUCGCUCCGUCACGAAGGCAGCCUCAACGACAGUGGCUACAAGUCCAACAGAACUGACUCGCUCGAGCAAAGAGGCAUCUUCGACAGACAGGAUAGUGUGAGGUCGGAUUACAUGUCAGACCGUGAGAGCAGAUAUGGAAUUGUGCAACAAGCCUCCCUUGAGAGCACAGACUCGAGGCUCUGCUACUUGACAUCUUCGGAGCAUCUCAUAAGAUCCGAUAGUUAUAAACGGUUCUGCGAAGCCGACUUUUCUUGCAUUUUUCAAAGGUUAAGGAGGGUAAAAUUCAGAGGUGAGGAACGAGUUGGAGACUAUUUCCAAGUGGCUGAACCGGAAGUAGCAGUUCAGCACUAA